AUGACAACAACUUUCCCACAAAAUCUAAAUGUCCAAUUCACAGAAACAAAGAUUUACUUUCAAUUCCGGCUUUCAUCACAAAUUAUGAUAGUCCUUAUCUUAAGAUUAGACAAUGGAGAUGUUAUGAUAAACUCUGGUGACUCAUUUUUUGGUGGUAUCUAUCGACAACAGAGAAUGGAAACAACAAGCAUAGGUAAUAGAAGUCCAUUAGAUUACCCAUCACUUUAUUUGAAUUUUAAAGUAAAAGACAAUCAUAUCUAUGUUUAUCCAAGUAAUACUCCAAUCAAAAUAAUUAAUUCAAAAGAUAAUACAAGAAAGAAAAGAGAUAAUAUAGAUCUAAUUUAUUUAUCACAAAUGAUAUCGUCUAGUUCUUCACUUGAUAAUUGUCAAUCUGCCGAGCAGUUUUGCAAGAGUGAAAUUACUCAAAACUAUGACCUAUUCAAGAGAGUGUAUGAUCACCAACCAGACGUGUUCACAUCAUGCAACAUAUUGGACAAGGUUGCAGCCAAGGGAUGUGUAGAGGUAUUCAAGAUGUUGGAGAGACAAACCACACCCAUUCAGCUGACCUGCACAACCGCAGCAUUGUCAGCAGCCCUGUCAAAUGCUAAUUGGCCAAUGGUCGACUACCUCAUCAACAAUAGAACUGAGGGUUGUCCAUACAAUGUCAUACAUAACAUUUUGGAUGGCGAAUCAACACCAUCAGACAAAUCGAAAGCUAUCCAAAUCAUCGAUGACCACAUUCAAGAUAAUAGUCGUCCAUAUCUCCAAAAGAGAGCAGAUUUGUGGAAGUAUGUCAACUCUAUUGAAUUGGCUAGAUCAUUGGCCCCACCAAAUACGAUUGACGUUGGGGAGAAUGUGGUAGAGAGUUAUCUAAACGAUCUCUUGUCUCUCGAGUAUGAAGAAUUCUUUCAGUUUGAAAACGUCGGCCACCACUUUAUCACAGUUCAAUUGGAUAUUGUCUACUAUUUAACUGUCAAUGUAUUACACCACAGUCUCCUAUCUUACCAACAACUAGACGAUAUCAGAUCACAAUUCAAAGAUAUUCAAUUCAUUGAAAGACAAACACCAAUAUUCAAAUAUCAAUCGCAAGAAACAACAUACCCCUAUCUGACAAUGAAUGAUCAAGAAUUGGACAAUUGGAAUACCUUUAUUGCAUUCAAGAUUAUAUUAAUCGAGGUUAUAUCUGCAAUGAAGACAUUACACUUGCGCCAAGCAUUUAAAAAUGCCAUAUUUAAUUCAAUACUCACUGGCUCAACGAUAGUCAUUCCAAUUCUAUUUUCAAAUUAUUAUAAAAAGGGGAUCAGUUCCUGUAUCUAUUCGGAAUCUUCGACUCUUUUUGAUUUUAGUUGUGGAUUUUGUACAUUGGAACAAGUCAAGGUGGCAUAUGCAAUAGUUCAAGAGUAUAGAAGUGACAAAUUAUUACAAUGGUCAUUGCACAAAGCCAAUAGACCUCUCCUCAUCACUGCAACAGCGGCAAGGAAAGCUGCAAAAUCAAACAAUCUAGAGGUGUUAAAGUAUUUAGACGAGAUUAGUGAAUCUAAACUUGCUCCAUUCCACUUGAAAGUCUCGAGAUUCAAUUUCCAAGCAAGGACGGCUCAAUAUCUCAUCUCAACAAGACCAAACAGUCUCCUUCCUCACUACUCUUAUCAAAGAGCUCUCGAAACAUUGGAUUUGGAUUUCAUCAAUUGGUAUGACAACUUUGUGAAACAAAACCAGUCAAUCAUUGAUCAAUUCAAAAUGAAGGACAAGAAGAAUGGACAAAGAAAUGAUUAUCCAAUCAUACUAUCAAGAUCAAUCAUUGAAAGAAUAUUUGUCAAGUCCAACCACAUUAAUUUAUUGGAAUAUAUCAUCAACAAAUACAACAUUACCAACAACCUCGAUAGUAUCAAAGGAAUAUUCAAAUCUGAAGAUAUUAUUUAUCAUUUAAUGUCAGAAUGUUGUGAGCAAGGAAAUUUAGAAAUAUUCAAAUGGUUGGAACUUAAUUUAAAUCUAUCAUCUCAAUCAAAGAUUCAACAACCACAAAGAAUAGCAACAACUAUAUUUGAUGAUGCAUAUCUCAAUGGGAUGAAUGAUGAUUUGGUUGAAUAUCUUAUUGACAAUAGAUUCGAAGGUUUUGGUCCAGAAUCUUGGAAGUAUGUUGGUGAGAGUGGAGAUGUAAAACAAUUACAAUUAAUGAUUCGUGGAACAAAUCAACAACAACACAAUCAACUUUUCAAUACAAUAGCUAAAUUUGCAAUUCGAAGAGGGAAUAUGAAAAUAUUAAAUCAAAAUAUGAUUCCAGAUGAAAUCAUUUCAUUCAAUUUAACAAAUUGUAAUAUUAGACAUACAAUCAGAGACGGAAUUGAACCAAUCAUUCAAAUGUACCUAAAACAAGCAACAAUCAAUGAAAUCGAAUCAAUUUUACAACAUUCAAUAAGAUCAGAACACCCAAGAUGCACCAAAUUAAUCUAUCAAGAAUUAAUUAAACAACAAAAACAACAAUCUAUUCCACCAUACCAACUCACUAUCAAAGAUCAACUACACUUAAUAUCCAUCGAAAAUAUAGUCCUUUUGGAUUAUUUUAUUCAACAACAAAGUUUGGAUCCGAAAUUGAUCGAUAGAAAACAGAUGAAGCACAUGUUUUCAAAUUACCACUAUUUAGGAGAUCAGAUGAAACGAUACCUACUCGAUAAAGGAUUCAACAGCAAGUGGGAACCAUCAACCAAAGUUCAACUCGAAUCAAAGUCAUUACGAUUCAACACAACAACAGCCAACCGAGAAAAGUCAUUUCCCAAAGAAAGAAGCAUCCGACUCGUAUUUGGUAAUGUUUACCUUUUGCGGAAGAUUCUUCGAGAGACAAGGUUUACACAGUCUGGAUACAGAGUUUCUAUUCCAAUGGAUAUCCGAUUGGAUAUUAAAUGGCUACUUUCAAAACGAGCAUACAAUUGGAUCAAAUAUCUUAUUCGUCGAAAAGAACCACUUCAUGUUUAUGGUAACAACGCAACGUAUAAACUCGUCCUAACCAAAGAUGUCGAGCUCUUUCAAGUUGUCUAUGAACAAUAUCGUUCCUCCUUUUUUGAAAAAUGUGAUUCCUUAUUCUCUCUUUAUUCACUCGAAUCCACAGUAUAUAGUCUCGAGCAACUAUCCAAACAAGUCGAUCCAUAUCCAUAUUUCCCGAAUUAUCCUCCUUUUGAAAACCGAGCAUACUUUUAUUACCAUUAUCCAACACUAUCGGUUUUAUUUGACAAAGAGCUUAUGGAAAAGGAACUAUCCAGUUUUAUCAAAGAGUCUGAUAGUAUCCCAGAAAAACCAACACGGUACUAUCCAAAAGAAAUGGUUUCAACAUCUUUAGAUAAACAAAAAAAAGAUGAAGAUGAAGAAGAAGAAGACGAUGAUGGCGAUGAUGAAGAAGAAGACUGGUUAAACUAUCAAAAAAGUGACAUUAUUGAUUGGCACCAUCACAAUGUGAAUUCAUUCAAACAAGAUAAAUCACCAGUUCUACAUAUCAAAAUGAAAAUAGAGGUGGUUGAUUUUAUUCAUCGAAACAGAACGGAAUCCUUUUCAGCUAAAGACUUGGAAAAAAUUGAUAAUAUUAACAUACUCAGAUAUCUUCAACAUUAUCGUCCAGAUCUUGUAAUAGGAUCAUCUCUUUUUGAUCGUUCAAUCAUAAAUCAAAAAUACGAGGUCAGAAACCACUUGUUAUUUUCUUUUGAUGACAUCACCUGCACUUCCAGAGCAUACAACACACUUGCCAUCUCUCAAUAUCACCUGUUGUCCUCUGAUCUCCAGGUUCCAUUCGAUUCAUCACUCUACAAACCAAAAUGUCGACCCUCCCUCACAGCAAUCAAAUUCCUCAUUCAUAUUGGAUUGGAUCUAGAAAAGGCCUUUGAUUUAACAUGUGGCAGUGAUGAUGAAACAACCAAUUUCAUUUUAAAGCAAAUGAAAAGAGAACACCUAUCAAAGAUCCCAUCAGGUUCAGAUCCUUUCUUCAAGUACGAUACCAAACUCAUCAGCCGUUUGAUGCCAUCCGAAUCAUUUUCACAAGAUAUUAACAUGCAAAUCAUCGAUACUCGACUAGUCUGUGAAGUCGACGAAGAAAAACGAGAUGAUUUUAUCCAAAAAAUUUACAACAACAAGGUGAAACUUAACAAGCCAAUUCUUGACUACCUAUACAAUAAUGGUGUACCAUUCAAGGAAUACAUAAUCGAUUCUCUUUUGGAUAUUGGAGACGAGCGACUCAAUGACAUUGACCCAAAGGAGUUUUUAGAAACUCAUGUCCAUAAUUGCGCUUCCUAUGAAAAUACUCAACACCUUGCCACCCGUUUGCUCUCAAUACAAAGGAACAUUCUUUAUCUCCUUGACAAUGGUGCACCAUUGUCAGUGUUUUCUGAAUUGGACCUCAAGAAAACAAGUGACUUUAAAGUAUUGCAACACAACCGACGAGAUUGCUUCAAAAUGGUCAUCGACAAAUUAAAAGAGGAAACCAAAGAUAUGGAUAUCGAAACUGGAAGAAAAACAAUAGAAUCGGUUGUUGAUAAAAUGGGUUUCGAUCGUUUGGGCGAGGGUACAGAAUGUUCAACCUUAAUGCUUGAAUAUUGUUUGGAGUUGAUCACCAAAGAUCUUCCAAGUGGAAUAUUAUCACAAGAAAAGAUGGAACAGAGAUAUGCAAAAUUGGUUAAACAUUACCAUUUCGAUCUUGCACUCGUAGUAUCCAAGUAUUUCAAUAUUGGAUUUGAUACAAUCAAGAAAUACAAAUUUUUCUCUAAAAUACCCUUCCAAGCUGCCAUCUUUUUUGGCAACUCAUUCAACUUGGCCUUUGAAGAUUUCCCAAUCGAAUUAUUGUCAAAUCUUUCUCAAAAACAACAAGACUUUUUAAAAGAUAAAUUUCAUUGUAAAAAUAAUUAA